CCAGCGCUGGAGCAGGACUGCUUUGUUGCUGCUCCAGUUCCCAGUGGCGAUCUGAGGAGAAGCUGUGACCUGAUCUGUGCCAGCGUCUCCCACCCAGAGAGGGCGAGGGCCCUGCUACUGCACCGGACAUUUUUAUUUGAAGACUUAAAAUAUCGAAGGGCGGAAGUUUAUUUUUUAUUCCACGUCCUUUGUAGUCAAGGAAUGUCAACAGCCAUCUUAGUUACAUUUGUCAAACAUGGAGGGUUUCAGGUGAGAAGAGGAGCCCUGCUGAGGUCACGUGUGCUGCAAGAUAACAAUCGUGUAGCUCUAGCCUGCCAGUGCUCCACCACCAACCGCAGGUCUUUUUCAUCACGCUUUGACCCUGACGGAAGUGGGCGACCUGCCACCUGGGACUCUUUUGGGAUUUGGGACAAUCGAAUUGACGAGCCUAUCCAUCUCCCGCCCAGUAUUAAGUAUGGCAAGCUCAUACCGCGCAUCAACCUCUCUAAGGUUGGCUGCUCCACUCAGCUAGGGAAGAGGAAGGAAAAUGAAGACCGAUUCAACUUUGCCAAACUGACCGAUGAUGUCUUGUGUUUUGCUGUCUACGACGGACAUGGAGGAGCUGCAGCUGCUGAUUUCUGUAACCGAUUUAUGACCAAAUAUAUCAAGGAGUUCCUUGCACAGGAACAAGAUAUGGAGAAAGUGCUGACUAAAGCUUUUCUAGAGAUUGAUCAAGCUUUUGCAAGAGAAGCUCAUCUUUCUGUCGAUGCAACCCUGAUGAACUGUGGGACCACUGCCACAGUAGCCUUGUUGCGGGAGGGCAUUGAGCUAGUUGUGGCUAGUGUUGGUGACAGCCGCGCGCUGUUAUGUCGCAGAGGAAAACCCAUGAAGCUGACGAUUGACCAUACCCCAGAACGGAAGGAGGAAAAACAGAGGAUAAAGGAAUGUGGCGGGUUUGUUGCUUGGAAUAGCCUGGGACAGCCACAUGUGAAUGGAAGACUUGCAAUGACGAGAAGCAUUGGCGAUUUGGAUCUCAAGUCAAUGGGAGUGAUAGCAGAGCCUGAAACCAAGCGGGUAAAGCUGCACCAUACGGAUGAUGGCUUCUUAGUAUUAACCACGGAUGGCAUUAACUUCAUUGUAAACAGUCAGGAAAUCUGUGACAUCAUCAACCAGUGCCAUGAUCCCAGGGAAGCAGCUCAAGUCCUCACAGAACAGGUGAUCCAGUAUGGCGCAGAAGAUAACAGCACAGCCAUAAUUGUCCCAUUUGGAGCCUGGGGAAAGCACAAGAGCUCUGAAAUCAAUUUUUCUUUCAGUCGUGGCUUUGCAUCAAGUGGCAGAUGGGCUUGACGGGCACAAUUAUUAAGUAGCACAAAGUCAAUCUACAAGCACUGUACAAAGAUGUCUCUUAUCUAAAUCUAUUACCUUCUAGACCAGGGAAUGCUGCUUGUCAUGUACAAUUCAUGUUGGAGGGAAGGACCUUGUAUGUAUGGAUGUGGUGGCUAGAUUCAACCAUUAUCACAUGGAAUAGUACCGGAGCCUGGGAGAGGGUUGACUUGUUCUCACCAUGCCUUCUUCACAGACUUCUAGUCAUUUAGACGACAUGAACAACUUCUAGCCGGGCACUUUAUUGCUCAUUUUGCACUGCAGUAGUGACCAUCUUAUGCUGGUAUUUCCUAUCUGUUACAUUUAUAUGAAUAGUGUUUGUAUUAUUUAUAAUGUGAGGCUCACUGAACACAAUUUCAUGAUGGUAAGCGUGUUCAGUUUUGUAUUUUAUGAAGGUUUUUAGGAGGUGUUUUAACACCUUGUGUUCUGAAAAUGUGAAUAAGAGCAGAAUUGACUAAUUGUCUCUUAGUUUUUUGUUCCACUGCUCUCUCCAUUGCCAAUUUAAUGCUUGAAGAGCAUUGUUUCGUGUACAUAUGGGUAGUCAAAGGGUUGUCACUUGACCGAAUUUCGUAUUUAUACUGCUGGCUGGUCUUUUUAUGAAUGAUGGCAUUUAUUGGUGCAGUAGUAGGUUUGACAACAGUUAGGCCACUCACACAUUCACUUUUGGGAUGUCAUUUUAUUUAAUUUUUUUGGAUCAAAGGGAGGGAUCCAUUCCAUAAGAAGAUGGUAACAAAUGUUUCUGCUCUGCCUCCUGCCAAGGUCAUCCUUUUUUAUCGAAAAUGGGGGGAGAGAGCAGUGGAUCUCCAGAGCAUGAUGUGCAAGAAGCCUGAAGGUGCCCAUACACCUUCAGUAAUGGCAGAAUACUUGUUUGGCUGACGGCUAUCUCUAUCAUCUGGUCAAGCUUAUAUGUGUUGUCAAUGAGGAGAAAGCCGCAGUCGGACACCUCUGGCCGCUGCUUAACUCCCAGGAGAACAAAAGGAUCGAUUUGGAAAGUGCGCAGUCCUUCUGUCCUUGGACAUGCUCUGUUAAGGAACAGUCAGGAGCUCCCCUUAAACAUUAGAUUGUUGGCCAGCCCUAAGUAAAACGGAGGGGUUCGGCCGACAAUACUCUAAUAUGUAUGACUGCCAUUAGUAAGCCGGGCCACCAAAACCAUAUUUUCCCCACUUUUGGUUUGAACAGUUAUGCCUGUAUGGGCGCUACACAUGGAAUGCUGGUUCUUCACGUUUGAGCAGUUUGAUCAAGGGUGGACAAAAUACUGUAGACAUUGGGAACUGUUCAGACCACUUUGGAGCUAAUUUGACCGUAAGAAUUUUUAGAGACCUCAACAGAAAAUAACCAGGAAAAAUUAGGCGCUGAAAACCAUUUUGACUACUUGGCUCUAUUUCAAUGUGACUUCUUUCUCUUUGCUAGUCACACCACCUUUGUACUAUGGACUCCUAACAUUAAGCAUCUGUUACUACUGCGGAGAGAUACAAAUAACUCAUCCUAUGUAUUUUGCCAUAUAUCAUUAUAGGAAACAAACCGAGCUUUGGCUUUUUUCCCCUUUUGUCUUGUGGUGCCCACUCACAGCUCUAUCGCUGUGUGUACAUAUUAGGGCUGUUAUCACAUUUUUGCCCUAUGUUUAACAUAUACGUUGAGGAAAAUAAGAAUGCAAAAUCAUAGUACUACGCUUUUCCAUCCUGCAGAGUCCAUCAGAAAGAACAUAUUGUAGAGAUGGAACUUUAUAGUGAUGGAUGGUAACCAUU